UAUAUAACAUUAUAGUUCUUAUCUAGUUGCAUUCUACUCAAUUGUCUAGUAAUCCUUGUCCUAUGGGAAACAGUGCUUUAUUGCAGCCUUAUCAAAUGUUGCACACUUCCUCAGUUCUUAUCACAACUAGGACAAAAUAGUGUAACUACUGCUUUGUUCCAUUUAUUGUGUUUAUACAUAAAUAUCAACAACAAUAUUAUCGGUUGCAGUUUAUCAUAAAUAUAGCUUACAUUCAAGUUACAUAGGUACCUAUGCACUUUUUAUACAGGAGUAAGGUGAAUGGAAUUAUACAUGCUAUGUUAACUAGUUGGAUAAUUUUAAACGAUUAAUUGUACAAGUUCAUUAUAAAGAACAAUGAUUCAUAUUUAAACACAUUAAUACUAACACAAUGGCAGAGAAGAAAAUUUGGAUGCAGCGAGAACUAACCUGUAAGCCACUUGAUUCAUAUGAAGAAAUUUUAUUAUUCUUACAAGAUCCACCACCUUGGAGAACACUCUGUAAGGAAUUAAAACCGCAUAGUGCAACAGCAAUUAAAAAUAUAAAUAUUAAUAAAUGUCCCGAAAAUAUAUUGCUUGAAAGUCCGCAAGCGUUCUGUCAUUUUGAUCCGGAAGCGGAAGAUGUCAAGCGCGAAGAUAAAAAAAAAUUACCAAAGACACUGGUGUGCCAUGAUAUGGCCAAUGGCUAUCACGAUGACAGUAUUAUCGAUGGAACGGGUAAUUACGAUGCUUAUACAUUUUACAACUGGGCCGGGAUAGAUAUUUUUAUUUACUUCAGUCAUCAUCUCAUCACAAUCCCACCUCUCGGAUGGAUCAAUGUGGGCCACGCGCAUGGAGUCAAAGUUUUAGGUACAGUUAUAACGGAGUGGAGUGACGGCGUCGCGUUCUGGGAGAGAGUCCUGCAGUCGGAAAGUGAAUGGCAGAACCUCGCCAGCGCGCUAGUUGCCAUCGCGAAAACUUUAAAGUUCGACGGGUGGUUGCUCAAUAUUGAGAAUAAGAUAUCAAAACCGGACGUUUUACUUCAAUUCGUGCGCUAUUUGCACACCACGCUCCACCAGGAGUUGGACGAGCCGGUCCUCAUUUGGUACGACAGCGUCACUGUCGAGGGUCAUCUUAAUUGGCAGAAUGGACUUAACGAGAAAAACAGAGCGUUCUUCGAGGCGUGCGACGGUCUGUUCACGAACUACUCGUGGCGCGAGGAGGACGUGUCGGCGAGCGCGGCGGUGGCGGGCGCGCGCCGCCGCGACCUGUUCGUGGGCGUGGACGUGUGGGGGCGCAACUUCUAUGGCGGGGGACAGUUUAACACGCAAGAGGCCGUACAACUGAUCCACAGCUACGACUGCUCGCUUGCUAUAUUCGCUCCGGCCUGGACUCACGAGGCUAUGUCUAAUGAGGAGGGGGACCCCAACACGGUUGCCGAUGCGGACGAGUUGGAGGUGUACCAGCGCUUCCUACUGCGGGAUCGCGCCUUCUGGUGCAGCGUGUGGCCCUUCCUCAACACCACCCUGCCCAGCUGUCUACCCUUCCAAACUUCUUUCUGUAGAGGGCAGGGGAAGAAACGCAGGAUGUAUGGAGAGGUGAUCUGCCCCGUGGCGUGGUACAACCUGCGGCACCAGCAGUACCAGCCCAACUCGGCGCUGGGCCCGCACGGCUACCUGGUGUCGAGCGCCGCCAACAUCGCGGGGCUCUCGCGGCUCGGGCUGCUGCGCACGCGCGACGGCAUCCUGCGCUACCGCCGCUCGGUCGAGGAGACCCGCCUCGAAGCUGACGAGUCCACCCGCGAGAUCGUGCUCGCGCUCAAGGCGGACAGCGUCGGGGACAUACAGGAGGAAGUCGUCGAGGAGACCACGGUCGACGAAAGGAAGUCGGUCAAGAGGAAGGUGACUAGAGUGCUGCGACACUUCUUCCGGAUUAAGUCGCCCAAGACGGAGGACAGGGAUUAUGCGGCGCUGGAACGAGAGGCGGAGCAGGAUUCGAAGCCGAGCAGUAGUGCGAUGCAAGUGAGGGGCCGGUCGAUGGUGCAGAUGUCUAUUAAUCUGCGCCUCGGAAAUAAACAAGUGAAGACUAAAUACGCGCUAGGCUACGUGGCCAACGAGCUGGAGUGUAUGGAACCGUUCUUUGAAGACAGCUUCAUUGGCGGCUCCUGCCUCAAAAUCAACCCUUCGGAUGAAGUGACGCCGGAGCAUAGGUUUUCUAGAUUGUUCUUCAGCGAUUUUCACGUUCGGAACAGUUUGAUCGCGUGCGUCGUCACCAAGACGCUACCCGGUCACGAGAACCAGUUCUUGAAUAUUAUUUUGAACGUUGAGUGUGGCGGGAAGAAAACAAAGGUAGUCCUGGUGGGUAGGAGCAUCCCCCAUCACCACGAGGGAUGGUCCGGCGCGGAGGUGGUGAACGAGUAUCCCCUGCAGGAGUCGGGGGAGCAUGAAUUGCGCAACUUGCAGCGCCACUUGUUGCUCAACGAGCCCGGCUUCUACGUGCCGGUGGAAAACGCUUAUGGUUGGGUGGUCAGGUACUACGAUAUAGAGGUCCCAGAUUCAUGUGUGACGUCAGUGUGUCUCCGCACCGGCCUCGACGUGGGGCCCGUGCUGCUAGGACACUUUGGACUUUGCGACAAGUUGAUAGAAUAAAUGUUAAUUAUAGUUUCGAAUUUAGCUGAAUUCAAAAUUUCAAUACGAAAAUUUCCAAAAACUAAAAAAAGAAACUUAGCAAAUGGAUACCCUAUUCUUAAAUUUAUGUAACGUAACAGAUAACGAAACUUUACUUUUUAACUGUUUAUUGAAACAAAAAAAAAAUAAAGAUUAAUUGGAAGUUAUUAUAAUGAAGGCUAAUGAUAUUUAAUAAAUUAAAUAAAUAAAUAAUGAAAUGUAUUUUAAAAAAAGGAAAUAAUAACCAAAAGCGAUUGCUGAAUCUCUGAUCUCCUGAACAGAUAAAAAGUUGUUUAGCUUUAUCUUAUUAUUUCCAUAACAUAGUCCCAUUAUCUUUCUCGUAUUUCGCUUAUACAUUUUGUUUAUGGUCAAAUACUGAUCAAGUUCAAAGAAACACUAACUUUUUUAAUUUCAUUUUUAUGAUAGAUUUAUCGUAUGGGAAUCCUUAAAUCGUUCAUCAACCCGGUGUGCCGACUGACCCACUCUUAGCGUAACCGAUAAGUACAUUACACAGUAAAUUAUAAAUAUGACCGAUUGCGAGUGGCCUUAAUUACAAUACAUAAUUGUUUUUAUCAGUGUACGCUCUAUUAUGUUAAAUAUAAGUUUUGAAAUAGUUUUUAUCUUCUAUAUUAAAUAGAGGAGACAAAUGUUACAAUUAACUGUUUACAAGACUUCAAACUUUUUAAGUAUGGCAAUACAUUUCAAUUAUCUAUGAUAAGCAAUUUAUGGUUUUGACAAUAUUGCCAUUUAUGUAUUUUGUUAAAUAAAUUACUGUAUUCAUUGUUGGAAUUAAAUUUUAAACUUAUUGAUAUGUCAAAAUGACUUUGCCAAUAUUAAAACAUUAAAUUUUAGAUCAAAUUGCAAUAAAAGUACCGGUAUAACACAGACAUUUAGAAUCGAAUUUCUUUAAUAUUAACAAGUUGUUAAGUUGGAAACAUCGUCGUGUAUAAUGUGCAAAAUAUAUUUAAGGACAAGAUACAUUCAUAGAAAAUUGUAAUAUUCCUAAAGAAAUAAAGAU